UUUGUACUGGCGAGCGGCCGAGCCGGCAGACAUUGCGUCACUUCCUUAAGUUAUUUCCAUUUGUUUGUGGGGAGCGCCAGCAGUUAUCUGCUGCCUUUCCCACCCAGUCAUAACCUUAUAUCUUUUAUCUUUCAAUAUGCCCCGGUGGACGUAGCUUCCGUGAUACUUUCUGUUAUCAACCAACGUGUUGGAGCGAGCAGAGAGAGGAAAACGUGCCUCUCGGUCAGCAGGAGUUGGUCCGCUAACCUUAGCUAGCUAGUUUGGGUUAAUUGGCUAACUAUUGUUAACUGGUCUGGUCCAGUUAGAGUUGUAUUGUUAGCUGACUGACGUCCUCACAGCUGUGAACUGAUGGAGUGCCCUCAUCUGAACUCAAAUGUAAGCUGUGCCAUUGACUCCUCCAGGCUCCCCGGCGGUAUUCCGUCUUCGUGGUGCUGCAACGUUUGCAGGUCAAAUAAAAGUCCAUGGAUUUGCCUUACCUGUCUGACUGUCCAUUGUGGAAGAUAUGUCAAUGGACAUGCAAAGAAACAUUUUGAAGACAGCCAAGUCCCUGGCAGUACUCUAAAGAAGGGGGAGAAACCAGAUAAAGAGAAGACCCAUCACUCUGUCUGCAUGGACUGCAGCAACCACAGUGUAUUUUGUUACAGAUGUGAUGACUUUGCUGUUAAUGACACCAAACUUGGACAGGUUCAGAAAGUGAGGGAGCAUCUUCAGAGUCUAGAAAAUCCAGCACUGAUGAGUGACAGACAGCGAAAAAGAAAACUACAAGAAAGCCCAGCGACAGACAGCAAGUUGUUAAAAGACAAUGACGGGGCGGCUUUGGUCGCCACAGGCCUUCGAAACUUGGGAAACACGUGCUUCAUGAAUGCCAUCCUGCAGUCCCUCAGCAACAUCGAGCAGUUCAGCUGUUAUUUCAAAGAGCUGCCAGCAGUGGCUCUGCGCAGCGGUAAGACGGCAGGAAGAAGGAUGUACCACACCCGCAGCCAAGGGGACACCACUGUAUCUUUGGUGGAGGAGUUCAGAAAAACCCUUUGUUCCUUGUGGCAAGGCAACCAGACCGCCUUCAGUCCAGACUCCCUGUUUUACGCCAUCUGGAAAAUCAUGCCAAGUUUCAGGGGCUAUCAGCAGCAGGAUGCCCAUGAAUUCAUGCGGUACCUGCUGGACCACCUCCACAGGGAGCUCCAGCACGGACGCAACGGGGCGUCGCACCCAGUCUCCACCCAGGACGAAAUCAGGGUCUCCACCACAGACAGUAAAUGCUCCAUAAAUGGCACUGCGAGUGUCGUCACGUCUAUUUUCGGUGGCAUACUGCAGAAUGAAGUCAACUGCCUGAUAUGCGGGACGGAGUCUCGGAAGUUUGAUCCUUUUCUUGAUCUCUCUUUGGACAUUCCCAGUCAGUUCAGACAAAAGAGGAGUAAGGACCAGGAGCCUGGGCCAACAUGCACCUUGCGUGACUGCUUACGUAGCUUCACUGACCUGGAGGAACUCGAUGAAACAGAGUUGUACUAUUGCCACAAGUGUAAGAAGAGACAGAAGUCAACCAAAAAGUUUUGGAUCCAGAAGCUGCCAAAGGUUUUGUGUUUGCACCUGAAGCGAUUCCACUGGACAGCCUUUUUGAGAAACAAGGUUGAUACCUACGUGGAAUUUCCACUGAAAGACCUGAACAUGAGGGGCUACUUACUGGAGCCGGAGAACUCGAUACCAGGGAGCUGCCUGUACGACCUUGCUGCUGUAGUGGUUCAUCACGGAUCUGGGGUGGGAUCCGGGCAUUAUACCGCCUAUGGCAGCCACGAGGGCCGCUGGUACCACUUCAACGACAGCACAGUGACCCUGAGCAGCGAGGAGGCGGUGAGGAAGGCCAAGGCCUACAUCCUCUUCUACGUGGAGACGACCAGCCAGGCGGCCUCAGACAAAAUGGCCUCGGAUCCUCCUGCAGGGGACACAGCGGCUACGGACCGUGUUUAUCUGGAGGCGGGCGCUCAGGACGAGGCCGCCGCAGACACUGGAGCCCCAGACGCCGCAGCCUCACAAAUCAACACGCUGGACGAGGGAGCCCAAGUUGGCGCUUCCCUGGAAGACGGGAGCAGUGACAUGGCCGACAUGGAUGAGUCCGACGCCGCGUCGGCGGAGGCUGAGGCCUCGGUGGAGACGGAGGAAACUCGCCAAGCCAUGCAGACUGUUGCACAGUGACUCCAGCUCUCCGUUGUGGCUUCACCUCAAUCACUUUUGUCACAGCGCUCGGUCACUCGAGUCUCUCACAUUCAAGAAGAGUCUGUUUCUGGCCUCCUCGACCACAUCCAGUACAGCUCUCAGCGUUUAGUGUGACUUUUUGAGUUUAUUUUUCCAGAUAUUGAAUUCCUGACUGGAGGCAGACCUCCUCUCCGCGUGUCUUUAGAUUCCAAAGGUGAUCGUUUGGAGUAAUGAAGGAAAGCUUUAGCCUUGGAAAUCCUGGGCUGGUCCGCUGUUUAGACUGAUGAGAUUUAUUUGUGUCAGAACACUGUGUCACUGUAACAAUAUUAGGCUUCAUCAUCGUUUCAUUGUUCCUGAAGUUUUCUCUCUGCGACCUCGUCAGAGCUUCACUUCUGUUUCCCACUUCUUAGCAGAGAGCGUAGGAUGUGCUGCAUGUGAUUGAGGGUCACUGUACAGAUUUAGAGACCAGCUUCUUGGCCCGAAUCAGUGGAGAGGAAGUGAUCUUUAUCAAAUAGUUUGGUCUGUGUUUGUGCUGCAGUAUCAUUUAACCUUUUUAUGUUAAUCGGAAAAGGCCAAUCAAGGGACCUUUUAAUAAAUUGUCUUUUUAAAAUGUGGCUCACGUAAUGUGAAGAUAACAAAAUACAGCUGAGAUUUUUUUUUUCCA